AUGCGCUGGAAUGACAGGAAAGCUCCCGGCGAUAGUGGGGACUUUUAUGUGGGCGAAUUGGCUGCUGCUGUGGUUGGAAAUGUUAUUGAGACCAAUCAAGGCGUUGUCAGUCCUAAGCUAACCUUUUAUUGUGCUGUGAUGCAUUCCACAUGUCGCUCCUGUCGUUGUCGUUCCUACUGGUCGUGGGAAUGCAGCGUAGUGGUGGAGGAGAUCCGUGGUUUCAUCGAGUCUCUGGCGGAGAAAGUCGAGGAGGUGAAGAGGAAACACAGCGCCAUCCUGGCCUCACCCAACCCUGAUGAAAAAACUAAAGCUGACCUGGAGGAUCUGAUGGCAGACAUCAAGAAACUGGCCAACAAAGUGCGCUCCAAACUAAAGAACAUUCUGCACAGUAUCGAGCAAGAAGAAGGUCAGAACAGGUCAUCGGCGGAUUUGAGGAUACGAAAGACGCAGCACUCCACCUUGUCCCGCAAGUUUGUGGAGGUGAUGUCGGAGUACAACACCACCCAGUCGGACUACAGGGAGCGCUGCAAGGGACGCAUUCAGAGACAGUUGGAGAUCACUGGAAGAAAUACCACCAAUGAGGAGCUGGAGAGCAUGUUGGAAAGCGACAACCCAGCUAUCUUCACAUCGGGGAUCAUCAUGGACAACAUCACAGAACAGGCCAUGAAUGAGAUUGAGACGCGGCACACUGAGAUCAUCAAGCUGGAAAACAGCAUCCGGGAGCUGCACGACAUGUUCAUGGACAUGGCCAUGUUGGUGGAGAGUCAGGGAGAGAUGAUAGACCGCAUAGAGUAUAACGUGGAGCACUCGGUAGACUAUGUGGAGAGGGCGGUGUCAGACACAAAGAAAGCGGUUAAGUACCAGAGUAAAGCUCUGAAGAAGAAGAUCAUGAUCGUCAUAUGCUGCGUGGUCCUGGGAAUCAUCAUCGCGUCUGCCGUGGGCGGCACGCUGGCCUGAAGCCUCUGCAAGCCGCCACCUUUCAUUAUUUUCCAGCCGUGCAAACGUGGGUCUGUUAUUUUCCGUUUUUUCGACUAAUUUUUGGAACCUUGGAGACAUCCUGCCUGGUGGGUGUGUUGUCGGAGGGUGUAACAACACUAACAGGGAGGGAUUCAAGUUGCACCACUGGCAAGAAAUCUGCCGCCAGACCCCCAUUGAAUGUGCCAGAGUGUCUCCACAUUUGUAACUUCCUGUAACGAUCCAUCCAGGUCGUUUUUGGCGUGACUUUCUAUUUUCUCAAACAUGCAACCAUGUUUGAGUCUUGUCAAAAUCCCCAAAGUGAAACCUUGUAAAACCAUCUUUGUCCAUUCCAAGUCUGUUGUGACGGAACCGGGACACUGGCGUUACAUUUUGACCUUGAAAACAAGACGGACAUGAAGGGGAAAUCUGAAAAAUGUAAUAUUGUACUUUGGUAAUGUCUAUGUAUUUGUGUUUUGUUUUUAAAGCCAAGUUUACUGGCACGACUUCUCAUGUUUUUGACUUCCAUUCAAAGUCCUUCCUAAAAGUGUUGAAAUAAAACAAGUCCUGCAUG